CGAAAUGCAUAACUUAUCUACAACGUUGCUAUGGAGAGACUAAUUUUUCUAUCACUCCUAAUCCAAAUUACGAUAUGUCAUAAUUUCGAACGAGUACCUGGAGGAUUAAGCGGUGAAACAGUAAUAACAGGCUACUGGGAUUGCAAUGUAGUAUCUUGUAGUUGGUCAGCUUAUAUCCAUACUAAAAACGGUCUACCGGUUAGAGCUUGUUACAAAGAUGGCGUUACUUAUAGAGAACCCACUACUGAAGGUUCCUAUACCUGUAACAAUCAACAACCUUUCGUGAUUAAUUCAACGCUAGCUUAUGGAUAUACCGCUGUAUCUUUUAAAGGUGGUGCUGAUUUCGACCACUGCUGCUCUUGUUACCUCCUGAACUUCAAGGGUGAAUUAGAAGGCAAACGGAUGGUUUUACAAGCUACUAACACCGGUUCAGAUCUUAAAGAAAAUUCUUUCGAUUUACAAAUCCCUGGUUGCGGUGUCGGUCUCUAUAAUUCUUGUACGAGUCAAUGGGAUGCUCCAGAAGACGGAUGGGGUGAUAGAUACGGCGGUGUUCACUCGGAGGAAGAAUGUAAUCAGCUGCCUACACAAUUGCAAGAAGGUUGCAAGUUUAGAUUCACUUGGAUGGAGGGAGUCCCGAAUCCGGCAGCGACGUUCGAGGAAGUUAAAUGUCCAGCGGAGUUGAUCGAUAGGAGUAAUUGCGGGGAUUUAUAAAUAAUACAGUUAUAAAUUUGAAUAAAUGCUUUCAUUGAUAAAA